AUAAGAAAACUUUAAACAGGAAGAGUCCUUGCUGCUGCUGCAGAUCCCUGACUUCUACCCAGAGUGAACCCGUGUGCUACACAAAAAGCAAGAACAACAGCUAGCUGAUUAAUCCUCCAGCAAGAGCCUGCUCUAGGAAGAUCAGGUUGCAAUCCUUCCUUUGUAGCUUUGCACCACACCCUUUCAAUGUGAAUUAGCAGGGGAGGAUUUUAUUCAGCAUUGAUUCAGGAAUUCUUUCUUCAAGAACUGUUGCUAGGCGUUUGGAAAGAUGAAAGGAAGAAAGAAGGGCUGUUCCUUGCCUUUAACCUUUAUCUUGCUGUUCAUCUGUACCACUGGGCAUGCAACUACUGACUUAGAUGACAGAGAAGAUGACGAUGUCCUGGGUGCUGCUUUGCCACCACUGAAACUAGGGCAUUCAGUCUGUGCCAUGAAAGCAGAUGAAGGUCCAUGCAAAGCAAUCCAUAUGCGCUAUUACUUCAAUAUUCAAAGCCAUGAGUGUGAAAUAUUUGAAUAUGGUGGAUGCCAUGGCAAUGAAAACAACUUUCUAACACUGGAAGAAUGUCAGAAGAAGUGUGUGGUAACAGCCACAGCAAGGGAAAGAAUAAAAUUACUUCAGAAGAGGAUGUUGACAAAAAUUAAGAAAGAAAAGCCCAACUUCUGCUUUCAUGAGAAAGACCCUGGAAUUUGCCGAGGCUAUUUUUCCAGGUACUUCUAUAACAAAGAGACAAAGUUAUGUGAAGUAUUCAAGUAUGGUGGGUGCCUAGGAAACCAGAACAACUUCAAGAAUUUGGAAGAAUGCCAGACUACCUGCCAAGGCAACUCAUAUUUAUUGCCAAUUGUUCCAACUGAAGAGCACCCUAACACUGUGAACAGCAGUUCCCCGGUAGAAGAACCCAACCAGUUCCCUGGGAUUUUUGUAAAUUUGUUGCCAACUGCACCAAAUGAGAAGUCAAACACUCUGAACAGUAGUUCCCCAAAAGAGAAGCGCAACCAGUUUCCCAUUUUCUUUGUUAUGCAAGAGGAAACAACAAACAGUUGGAAAAAGCCUGAGCAUUCUUACCAAGUAUUUCUGUUAUUUUUUUGCAUUUACACUUAUUUGUACUUCUGGGGAUUGAGUGAUGACUUACAGACUCAUUGAGGUUUUUGUGUUUCAUAUGAUCUGUAAGAUAACAUUCUUGUGCUUUUUGCUUAGAAUGGUGUGUCUAAUAAAGCUUGAAUGUGUGUUGUAUUCUAUUCUUUCAUUUUCACUGUGAUCCAUGUUAACUGUUGGGUUAAGGUAAGUUUCUGUGAUAGUUGGAUUGUUCACUUACCACAUACAAAACAUCAAUAAACACUGUUAUUAAAAUGACUAAAUAUAAACCAGUAAA